AUGAGCACCAAUGAAAAUAACAGUGAUGUGACCGUUGACAAGGUCGAAGAUAAGAAAACAGGAGAAGCAAAAAGUGAUCUAAAAGGAGCCAAAAGGGCAGCAGAGGACAAAGUGACAGAGGCGAAAAAGGCGCGAAAAGAAGAAAACGGCGGUGGCGACGAUGAAGCACACAGUGAAGAAGACGAUUUGGAAGGAGAAGGCGAUGGAGAAGAGGAAGAUGAUGAAGAAGUUGACGAAGGCGAAGAAGAUGAGGAAGAAUUAGAAGAAGGCGAAGAAGACGAUCUCGAAGAUGAGGAAGUAGAAGAAGAGUUACUAGGCGAAGAGGAAGAGGAGGAUGCGGACGCUAGGAGGUCGACGGGAAUCGCGCCGGGUGCGGGGCGAAAAGCGCGUCAGCGUUUCCCCCUCCCUCCCCCUUGCACCGCGCGUGGCCUCGUUCGAUUUGCCGCGCGCCGGUGUACCCCUGCCCCGCCCCGCAUCCGCCGCGAUCUGCUGGCGUCUGGCGCCCGCCUGUACCGCGACAUGGCGACGCGUCCUCGCGCGUGGAAAAUAACCGACCGCGCGCCGUCCAUUGCCGCUCGUGCAAUGCACCGCCACGCAGUAAUGGACGAUUGUGCUACGUCGCAAAUCGUUGAAGUGCACAUCCCCGACGCUUUCGCGGUCUAG